GGCUAUGGUAAAUAUGUGAGAAAUCAAGAAGACUAAAAUGGCAUCUGGAGAUCCAGAAAAUCGGAUACAUCUAUUCCGUUUGCAAAUUCUUAUAAUAGAUGGAGGCCUGCUUGUAUUGAGAAGUAUACUUGAUCAGACAAUAGCUGCCAAAGGCAUAACUUUAAAGACAUGUCUUAAUAAUGAAAGGUCAAAAAUUACACGAUUGCAUGGCAACAACGUUAUCACACAGGAUCAAUAUGACCUAUUGUUCCCAAUGGGCGGUCAAGAGCCAACUACAGCAGAUAUGGACAUCACGCUUAUCAGUUGCCUUCUUGCAAACCUUAAAUGUUUCGGUUUGAAUAAGAAAUUUAAAUGGAAUGCGACACCUGCAGAAACCGAUUUAACAGUUGAGGCAGAUAUAUGUCGUUUGAGAAAUUUCCGGAAUAAAAUCUGUCAUAUGUCAACAACAACUGGAAUAGAACAAAAUGAGUUUACAACUUUGUGGAAUGAAAUCGAGCAGAUACUUAUUCGACAAAACACUCCCGCUCUCAAUAUGCAUCAAAACACUUGCCGAUUUCAAGUCGUGUUCUCUUGAUCCAGAGGAAGAAAGAAGGAUAAAUGAAGAAAUAAAGAAAAUGCAAGGACUAUGAA